AUGGGUAAGAAGAGAAGAUGUGCCGUGUUGCCUACCAACAUCAUUUUGUUGCAGAAUGUCGUGCGUAGAGAUCCAGAGUCAUACUACGAAGAGUUCGUCAAGCAGUACUCCCAUUACGAGUCGUUGAGAGACAUCUUCUUGAUGAACCCCAACGGAGACAAGAACGCCGAGUUUGCUGAGCUCAUUGGCUUCGUCUCCGCCGUGUGCACCUGCUACCCCAAGGAAACUGCCGAGUUUCCCAACGAAUUGAAGACCAUUCUUUCCACCAACCACAGAGAGUUAUCCCCUGACUUGAGAGAAAAGAUCAUCCAAUGUUUGACCAUGUUGAGAAACAAGGGCAUUGUCACAGCCGAGUUCUUAAUUCAGACGCUUUUCCCAUUGUUGACUGCCUACAACGCUGGAAGCACCACUGGACAACACGUCAAGGCCUUGAGACACCAGAUCUACAGCACCUUGAUUUCGCUUUUGAAGUCCAUGAACACAGGAGCAAAGAACCAGAAGCUCAACAGAUCCACCCAGGCGUUGUUGUUCAACUUGCUUGAGCAGAGAGACAGCCAGGGGUUAUGGGCAACCAAGGUCACCAGAGAGUUAUGGAGAAGAGGUAUCUGGGACGACUCCAGAACCGUGGAAAUCAUGAUGCAGGCAGCUGUCCACCCAGACGUCAAGGUGGCCACUGCUGGAGCCAAGUUCUUCUUGGGUGCUGACAAGGAAAGAGAAGAUAACUUCGAAGAGUCAUCCGACGAAGACGGUUUCGACAUGUCAGCCUUGAAGCACAAGAUGAACAUCAACAAGAAGACCUCAAAGAGAGGCAAGAAGAUGGAACUGGCUGUCAAGCAAAUGAAGAAAAAGAACUCGGCCAAGCACUCGGCCACCUACCUCAAUUUCUCUGCUAUCCAUUUAUUACGGGACCCCCAGGGCUUUGCUGAACAGUUGUUUGACAACCACUUGAGCAGCAAGAAUGCCAACAAGUUCGACUUGGAGCAGAAAAUCAUGUUCAUGAACUUGAUCUCCAGAUUAAUCGGUACGCACAAGUUGACAGUGUUGGGAAUCUACACGUUCUUUUUGAAAUAUUUGACUCCUAAGCAGAGAGAUGUCACCCAAAUCAUGGCUGCUGCUGCGCAAGCCUCUCACGACUUGGUCCCUCCAGAGUCCAUCAUGAUUGUGGUCAGAAAAAUUGCCGACGAGUUCGUCAGUGACGGUGUAGCUGCUGAAGUUGCCUCAGCUGGUAUAAAUACCAUUAGAGAAAUUUUAGCCAGAGCACCUUUGGCCAUUGAAGCUCCAUUAUUGCAAGACUUGACGGCCUACAAGGGCUCCAAGUCCAAGGCUGUGAUGAUGGCUGCCAGAUCUUUGAUCUCAUUAUACAGAGAAGUGGCUCCAGAAAUGUUGGCCAGAAAAGACAGAGGAAAAGUGGCCAGUAUGGAGUUGCAGCAUGGAGAAAAGAACAAGUUGCCACAAUUCGGUGUGGAAAGCUCCAACAUCACCUCUAUUCCCGGAAUUGAGUUGUUGGCUAACUGGAAGAAGGAAAAGGGUAACGACAAUGACGAAGACGACGAUGCCAACUGGGAAGUUGAUGAUGAAGAUGAUGAAGACGACAUUGAAGGUGACUGGGUGAAUGUCGAAUCCGACAAGGAAAUAGACAUCAGCGACUCCGAAGAUGAAAAGGACGACGAGACUAAGGAAGAGGAGCCAGAGGAGGCUGCUGUCACUGCCACCACAUCCCAAGACGCCAUUACCGAGUUGCUUUCGUCCAGAAUUUUGACUCCAGCCGAUUUCGCCAAGUUAGAAGAAUUGCGUACUGCAGCAGGUGUCGAGAAGAUCAUGGGUAAGAAGAACGAAGACCAAGUUGACUCCACCACCCUUGUGGGUAAGGUCAAGUACAAGCAAUUGCGUGAAGAAAGAAUUGCUCUUGCUAAGGAAGGUAAAGAAGACAGAGACAAGUUCGGAUCCAGAAGAGGUAAGCGUGAAAAGGCACAUUCUACAACUAACAGAGAAAAGGAACGUAAGAAGAAUUUCGUUAUGAUGAUUCACAAAAAGGCGGUCCAAGGAAAGCAAAAGUUGUCGUUACGGGACCGUCAAAAGGUAUUGAGAGCACACAUUACAAAGCAAAAGAAGAAGGGACAUUGA